AUGUGCUCAACGCCGACACUAGUGGCGGCCGUGUUGUUGGCGGUCGCGGCCACCGCCGUCUGCAACAUGCAGCCGGUGGCCGUGACGAACACGGCGGCGGCGUCGGCGGGGGCUGUGGCCGGUGUGGCGGCCGUGCCGGCGGCCGGGCGCUGCGAAGAGAUCACCAUACCGAUGUGUCGGGGCAUCGGGUACAACAUGACGUCGAUGCCUAACCAGCUGAACCACGAGACGCAGGAGGAGGCCGGCAUGGAGGUGCAUCAGUUCUGGCCACUGGUCGAGAUCAACUGUUCGGCGGACCUCAAGUUUUUCCUGUGUUCCGUGUACACGCCCAUUUGCAUCGAAGAGUACCAGCGGCCACUGCAGGCGUGCCGGAGCGUGUGCGAACGGGCCCGGGACGGGUGUCUGCCGGUCAUGCAGCGGUACGGGUUCGUGUGGCCGGAGAAGAUGCAGUGCGACAAGCUGCCGGUGCACGGCGGCCCGGAACUGUGCAUGGCCCAGGACGUGUACGAGCAACACCAGCACGUGCCAGUCAAGCCGACCAAGAAGCCGACUGGGUCACUGGCAAACAAGUGCAAGCCGGGUAGCAGGGCCAAGGGAUGCGAGAAGUACGCGUUCGGCGGCGGGGGUGUUGGCGACGAGGACGGGUGCGAGUGCAAGUGCCGGCCGCCGCUAGUGGCCAUCGACAGGGAAUCGGUCCGGUACAACCGCAGUGGCGUGUCUGUGGCGGGCGUGGACAACUGCGCGAUGCCGUGCCGGGCCGUGCUGUUCACCGACGAAGAAAAGGAUUUCGCGUCCACCUGGAUCGCCCUGUGGUCGAGCAUAUGUUGCGUCACCACGCUGAUGACACUCACCACGUACACCAUCGACACGCAGCGUUUCAAGUAUCCGGAAAAGCCGAUCGUGUUCCUGUCCGGUUGCUACCUGAUGGUCAGCCUCGGGUACCUGAUCCGAGUGUACGCAGGCCACGAUGCGGUCGCCUGCGAGCCCGACGGUUCCGUCAAGUACAACGCGUCCGGGCCCACGCCGUGCACGCUCGUGUUCCUGUUGCUCUACUUCUUCGGCAUGGCCUCGUCCAUCUGGUGGGUCAUACUGGCGUUCACAUGGUUCCUGGCGGCUGGUCUCAAGUGGGGUAACGAGGCGAUCGCGUCCUACUCACAGUACUUCCACCUGGCCGCUUGGCUGAUACCCACCGUCAAGUCGCUUGGCGUGCUGGUCAUGUCGGCCGUCGACGGGGACGCGUUCGCUGGCGUGUGUUACGUGGGAAACCAGAACCCGGAUAACCUUAAAAUGUUCGUCCUGGCGCCGCUCGUCGUCUACCUGGCGCUGGGAAUAUCGUUCCUGUUGGGCGGGUUCGUAUCGCUGUUCCGCAUCCGGAACGUCAUCAAGCAGCAGGUGGGCCGCAGCAAGGCGGACAAGCUGGAAAAGCUCAUGAUCCGGAUCGGCGUGUUCAGCGUUCUUUACACCGUGCCCGCAUCCGUCGUCAUCGGAUGCCACUACUACGAGGCCCGGUACAUGCCUGACCGUGUGGCUCACCUGGCGUGCCCGUGCUCCGAACCGGACCCGGAUACCAAGCCGGUGUACACCAUGCUCAUGCUCAAAUACUUCAUGACGCUGGUGAUGGGUGUCACGUCAGGUGUGUGGAUAUGGUCUGGUAAGACGGUUGGCUCGUGGAAGCGCCUGUCCCGUCGGCUAUUUGGUGGCGGUGGAGUCGGUAGUGGAGGCGGCGGCGGUCGCAUGUCCAAGGGCGGCCCCAACCCGGUGCUCGUCAAUCCAGGCAAACAACGCAAGCAGCUGCAGUACAUGCCAGCACCGUCGGUCCCGGGUAGCACGCUGCCCUCGUCCCACCACCUGGCCCCAUCGUCCAGCCUUCACCACCACAUUAUCAAACAGGCGCCGCUUAGCCACGUAUGA